AUGCGCUCAAAACGAGUCAUCUCUAUCGUUACAUGCCAUGCAGAAGGCGAAGUCGGCGAUGUUAUCAUCGGCGGCGUCCUCGAUGUACCAGCUAAAACAAUGCACGAUAAGCUCACAUACUACAUGGCUGAGCGAGAUGAUCUUCGACAACUACUUCUCCAAGAACCCAGAGGACGCUUGGAGAUGAGCGUUAAUUUAAUUGUCCCGCCUUGUCGACCUGAUGCAGAUGCAGGUUUCCUUAUCAUGGCGCCGGGAGAUUGGGUCCCAAUGUCUGGAUCGAAUUGUGUCUGCACGACGACUGUUCUUCUUGAGACGGGAAUUGUUCCCAUGGUUGAGCCUAUGACUACUGUGAGGCUGGACACAGCUGCUGGAUUGGUGGUUGCGACGGCGGAGUGUGAGAAUGGGAAGUGCAGAUCUGUUUCUUUUGAUAACGUCCCGGCAUUCGUUUAUGCUCUCGACAAAGAGAUUGACGUUCCUGGGCUGGGAACUGUGGUGGUGGAUAUUGCAUAUGGAGGACAGUGGUACGUGCUCGUCAAAGCAGAAGCGCUGGGUCUUCGAGUGGAAACAGUCAAUGCCGAUCGUCUCAUCGAUUUCGGCAAGAGAUUGAAACAAGCAGUCUUGGCGAACUGCAUGCCCACGCAUCCUGAGAACCCGGCCAUCUGCGGUAUCAACAACGUCAUCAUCACAGAGCCUUUGGAAGAAGGACAAGAAGGCAAGACUGUCAAGCACACUGUUGUUGUAACGCCGGGAAGACUGGAUAGGAGUCCUUGCGGAACGGGGAGUUCGUCGCGUCUGGCUAUUCUGCAUGCGAGGGGUCUUAUUGAGGAGGGAGAGUCGGUCAAGUUUAGGAGUAUUAUUAACACCGAGUUUGUGGGGAGGAUUAGAGGGACGACGAAGGUGGGGGAGUUGGAUGCGGUGCUGCCGACUGUCAAGGGGAGGGCUUGGAUUACGGGGGAGAAGAAUGUUCACCUUGACCCGGAGGAUCCUUUUACCACUGGAUUUCUACUCUAG